AUGUUUAUUGAGGGUCUUGAUAGAAAAAUAAAUCUUAUGAUGAAAACAAACACUUUUUUCAGAAAAUUGGGAAGGAAGUUCAAGUCUUUCUUGGCUAUUGGUGUCGAGUUGAAUCCUUUUGUUGUCUUAAUCUUAGGACUGUUGGCGGCAGCCACUCUAGGAAUGUCUACCAUUGAAAGAAAGUCUUUUAGAACUGGACCAAUGAGAUUUCAAUUAUCGUCUUCUCCCACUUUCGAAAAAAUCCUGCAAUGCUCCGAAAUUGAAAGUGCUAGCGUCUGUUUUGACAAACAUCGUAAAAACUUACUGAAGGAAAGUGGACCCUUUUUGUCUCCUUUUGGAGAACCCCAAUUGCAAACUUGUUUAAGUAUUGCAUCUAAGAAUCCCAACGACAUUUCGUUAUUAUUGAACUUGCAGACAUGUUACCAUCAGGUGGACAUAAUUGAGAGAGCAACAGAAUUCAGUUACGCCUUGCCGAAAACCAGUUGGUGGACAACAAUAGGUAUUUUUUUGAGCAUCUCUAUGCAGUUAUUUGUAGCUAUUCACUCUUUUGUCGUGUUUGUGAUGAGAAAAAGAGAAUUCAGUAUUAUACACGAUAGCAUUCAUCGUUUAACUCAAGACAACUAUCUGCGUUUGGAGAAAGAGAGGGAAUUGAACUCCUAUCUUAGCAGUGUUUCCAUCAACACCAAUUCUGAACUGGCGAAACUGAAAAGUAAAGUAUCCGAAUCUGAAAAUGUCCCCUUGGAAGUUAGAAAGUUGGAAGAAAACCUUGCGUCAUUGAAAAAACAAGUUUAUUACUCAAACACAAGGAUGUUGGAGGCUAUGUCCAAACAAGAGAGAGAGUUUGUACUACAGAAAAAACACGGUUACAAUACCACAAGAUAUUACGAUCCUUCCCCGUUAACUCAAAAUUCUAAAUUAGACAAAGAUAAACAGAAUGAUAAGAAAAAAGAGAAAGAGGAGGAAAACAGUAAUAAAACCAUAGAAAAGGAAAAAAAGAGAGAAGAGCAUUCAUUUGAUCUAACAACCGAAUCUGGGAGAGAGGCCUGGAAAUCUUAUAUCCAGAAAAGCCUUGCAUUCAAACCCAAGGGACCUCUCUUGGACAAAGAAAAUAAAUCCACACAAGCCACACCAGUGAGACUUACCACAAACCAAUCUAGUGACCAGCUCAAGUCCAUUAAGAACAUCUCCUCCUGGGAAAACUCUCCUCAAAAGACCAAGAAUACCAUUACUAGUGGUAGCGCACUGAAAUUGGCAGCACAAUCCCUAAAGGAUGACAAUAUACUUGGUGCUUCGGUCAAGACCCUGAUUGCAAAUACAAAUUCAGAUGAACAGAGUGAAGGCAAGCACUUAGGUGUCACCUCCAGUCCACUUGAGGUAUCAGUUAAUGAUAUCCAACAAAUUGAUAAAAAUGGAAGACCUUUCCGCAGGAUAUUCGUCCCAGGAAGGGGAUGGUUAGCUGCAAAAACGUUUAGAAGUGAGGUAGAUUCUGGUGCCAUUAAGUUGGUCACUGAAACAGAAACAAGAAUCACCACCAACUAA